CCUCAAUAACAAAUCUUGUUUAUUAAGCAAUAAACUUUAUUUAAUCCAAUCUGGCAAGUUUGGUACAUAAAAAAUAAUAGUAUUAAAAUUAACAAUCAAACAGCAAGGAGACUUGUCACUGUUUUAGUAGUCUCGUAGUCUCCAUUUCAAUAAAAAAAUAUAUAUAACACAUGAAACGCGUUCAGAGCACUAUCAACAAAUCAAAGAGGGCACAAUCGUCUGUUUAAGCAUAUAUAAAAUUGGCCCCACACACCCAUGUACAUCAAUAUCAUGAAUCACGCAACAAUCGUAUCUUGCUCUCCUCUACACUCAGUCACUGUCUCUCUGUCGUCUCAGAGCAAAGAAAAUGGCAAUCCUCUCUGCAGCUAAGCUCUUCUUCUUCUUCUUCCUCUUUACUUGCCACGUCACCAUUUUCUACUCCAGUGUAACCGCCGCCUACUCCAUCGGCGUCAACUAUGGAACCGUCGCAGACAACCUCCCAUCUCCACCGCAAGUAGCAAACUUCCUCAAAACCAAAACAAAAAUCGACCGUGUCAAGAUAUUCGACGCGAAUCCCGACAUCCUCAAAGCCUUCGCCAACACAGGCAUUUCUGUGACCGUUACGGUCGGAAACGGCGACAUCCCUUCACUAGCUAAACUCCCCGGGGCCAAAGAUUGGAUCGCCAAUAAAAUAUUGCCACAUCACCCGCAAACGAUCAUUAGAUACAUCGCCGUUGGUAAUGAAAUCCUGGCCACGUCAGAUAAGUCCCUCAUUGCUCACCUUUUACCCGCCAUGAAAGCUCUCCGAUCGGCUCUCGAUUUGGCUAACGCUUCAAGCAUCAAAGUAUCGACGCCGCAUUCCCUCGGGAUCUUGUCCGCGUCAGAGCCGCCGAGUACGGGUAAGUUCCGCAAAGGGUAUGACAAGCUCAUUUUCUCGCCGAUUUUGGAGUUCCACCAGCAAACAAAAUCGCCUUUCAUGGUAAAUCCAUACCCGUACUUUGGCUUCAAGCCUCAAACGCUAAACUACGCUUUGUUUAAACCAAACGCUGGCGUUUUUGACGCGGCUACAGGGAUGAACUACACUAACAUGUUCGAUGCGCAACUGGACGCGGUUUAUUCUGCUAUGAAACGGGUCGGGUAUGGGGACGUGGAUAUUGUGGUGGCUGAAACCGGGUGGCCUUCUGCAGGUGAUCCGGGUCAACCCGGUGUGAGCUUAGAAAGUGCGUUGUCGUUCAAUGGAAACCUCGUGAAGCAUGUGAACUCCGGUAAAGGGACUCCUUUGAUGCCGAACCGGACUUUCGAGACAUACAUUUUCGCUUUGUUUAACGAGAACCUGAAGCAGUCCAUUUCAGAACAGAAUUUCGGGUUGUUUAAACCCGAUUUGAGUCGGGUUUACAAUGUGGGCAUUCUCCGUAAUGAACAGGGGCUAGGUCCCACCUCUCCUCCACCAACUGCCACAGCACCAUCAGCUGGUUCAGGGAAGUGGUGCGUGCCUAAAUCGGACGCCAGCGAUGCGUCAUUGCAAGCGAACAUCGAUUACGUGUGUAGCACUGGAGUGAACUGUCAGCCCAUCCAAGCAGGUGGGGCCUGCUUUAACCCCAAUGAUGUGAUGUCACAUGCAUCGUACGCAAUGAAUGCAUACUAUCAAGCCAAUGGUCGGCAUGACUUCAAUUGUGAUUUCAAUCGUACGGGAGUCAUCACCUCCACUGAUCCAAGUCACGAGGCUUGUAAUUAUUCAAAUGGUCAAGCGUCAGGGUUAAAAUUGGAAAAUUCGAAGGCAGCAGAUUCGAUGAGAUUUUGCACCUUUUGGCAGAUGAUAUCUUUAGCUUAUUGUACCAUUUUUCUGCACCUGCCUAGAAGACUUUUGGAGUAAGUAGGGGACCAGCGGCUAUCUGCUUUCUGUUCCACUGGUUCUUUAAAUGGCUUUGAUUGCGGACCAAAUCCUAAAGAACGUGAUCAUCUGAUCGGUGUACAAAGAAGUUGAUUCAUGAUUGUAUUAACGUAGUGGUAUGUUUUUGUAUCAUCUCGAGUUCGCAAUUUAAACUUGGCAAAGGGAUUAAUUAGUUUAAUCUUUGUUUAUGUCCCUUUUUGGUAACAAUUACAUAUAUUUGAACAGAUUUCAACAUGGAAUUUUCCUUUCGAUUAUUGGGUUGGGUUCAGUUAAUUAGUUGGGUCGAUGUCCAACUCAGUGGUUGGUUCCAAAUUGUGGACAGAAACACGACAAAGCGGGCAAUGCAUGGCCUUGAUCAGCCACUAAUCUAUGCAAAAUUUAAGGAAUAGAUGUUUGAGCUUGGAAAGAACCUUACAAUGAUCCCCAUCUUUGAACUCUUCCAAGCACAUAAUAGCAGAUGAGUCGGUGCAGUUUGAU